AUUCAUCAUCUGUUCGCAUAAAUCUUACCUGAACAAGGUGAUUAGGCUCCAUACAAGAGAAGGGCAGGUAUUGUAGACACAUGAAGAUAUGGUUGGGUUUUGGAAACAAUGUCUAAACUUUACCACAUUAGGUGUUCUAUUCUAUGCCAUGGUCAUGGUUUAUCUGUAUGCCUGAUAUUAUGCUCAAUACCUAUGUCCUCAUCUCCUUUCCCC